AGCCGCCGCCACGCCAGAGACACAAGGAGCCGGGACUCGGGAACUUGAUUGUUUGUCAUUCUUCUUUUUCUUCUUCUUGGAGGCGGUGGACACAAUUAUACACAUUCUUCUUCCCGGAGAGAAAGUUUCGUGGGUUUCUGUUUUGGAAGACUUCUAGAUAUUUCUUCGUUUGCUUUCAGAGGAUCGACUUACUUUUUGGUCCUCUUUUGGAUCGCUCCGUUGGCCCCCCACACCCACUCCCCUCUUUUUUUGUGGGACCCACCGGACGCCUGUAAGGGAAAAGGGAACUGCACUCCGAAGUGAAUUCUGCACGGCGGGACGGCGCUGCGGGCCUCGGCGGGGGAGCGAUCCCCUUGUCGCCCCGCUGAUUCCCACGGAGCCUGGACUCUGAGGAGGUACAGAAGUGUUGUGUGGGGGACCUCAGGCGCUGCACAGGGGACUUUGCAUCCAAACUUUGGUUAUUCUCGCAGAGGGACGCGGAUUCCCCGCAUCCCCUCGGACAGCGCACUUUGGGGGACCUGUCCGGUUCACUCCGGACUCGCAUCGCAUCCCACCCGGCCAGAGCCUUGGCUUCCCGGCGACCUCAGCGUGGUCACAGGGUACCCCCUGUGCCCAGGGAAAUGUUUCAAGCUUUCCCCGGAGACUACGACUCCGGCUCCCGGUGUAGCUCUUCACCCUCCGCCGAGUCUCAGUAUCUGUCUUCGGUGGAUUCCUUCGGCAGUCCACCCACCGCCGCCGCCUCCCAGGAGUGCGCCGGUCUCGGGGAAAUGCCCGGCUCCUUCGUGCCUACGGUCACGGCGAUCACAACCAGCCAGGACCUCCAGUGGCUCGUGCAACCCACCCUCAUCUCUUCUAUGGCUCAGUCUCAGGGGCAGCCACUGGCCUCCCAGCCCCCAGCCGUUGACCCUUACGACAUGCCAGGGACCAGCUACUCCACACCAGGCCUGAGUGCCUAUGGCAGUGGUGGCGCUAGUGGAAGUGGUGGGCCUUCAACCAGUGCAACCUCCAGUGGACCUGGGCCUACCCGCCCAGCCCGAGCCCGGCCUAGAAGACCCCGAGAAGAGACGCUGACCCCAGAGGAAGAAGAGAAGCGAAGAGUUCGCCGGGAGCGAAACAAGCUAGCUGCAGCUAAAUGCAGAAAUCGUCGGAGGGAGCUGACAGACCGACUUCAGGCGGAGACAGAUCAGCUAGAAGAAGAAAAAGCAGAAUUGGAGUCGGAGAUCGCCGAGCUCCAAAAGGAGAAAGAACGCCUGGAGUUUGUGCUCGUGGCCCACAAACCAGGCUGCAAGAUCCCCUACGAAGAGGGGCCGGGGCCAGGCCCACUGGCGGAGGUGAGAGAUUUGCCAGGGUCAGCAUCCGCUAAGGAAGACGGCUUCGGCUGGCUGCUGCCGCCCCCUCCACCACCGCCCCUGCCCUUCCAGACCAGCCAAGACGCACCCCCCAACCUGACGGCUUCUCUCUUUACACACAGUGAAGUUCAAGUCCUCGGCGACCCCUUCCCCGUUGUUAACCCUUCGUACACUUCUUCGUUUGUGCUCACGUGCCCGGAGGUCUCCGCGUUCGCCGGCGCCCAACGCCCCAGCGGCAGCGAUCAGCCUUCUGACCCCCUCAACUCGCCCUCCCUCCUGGCUCUGUGAGCUCUCUAGACAAACCAAACAAACAAACAAGCGAGGGAGAGAGACAUGAACCCUGAAGGAGGAGGAGGAGGAAGAGGCAAGUGGGGGAGCUGUGCACCCCCUGACUUCUGCCUGACCCUCUGCGGCCUCUGCCAUGGGACAGGACGGAGAGGACCUGACUUGUGUUUUGUGAUCCGUCUUUGGUUUCUGUUGGCUCUGGAGAGCUGAUGACUUUGAGGACAGAGGGUGGGGACAGGGGUGGACACCCCCUCCUCCAGAUGUCUGUUGUGUCUUCUGCAAUCCAACU